UUGUGUUGCUCGCUUGUUGUUGUUGCUGCUUGUUUACGUAGACUAGUGGACUUUGAUUACCGCUGUUGCGCUGUGCUUUAUAUUAAAUUACCGGCACUGUUAAUUGUGAAUAAUGUUUAGAUUGAGAGUGAAUAAGAGUCGCUUUGCCGUCGCGGCGUCUGCCACACGCAAUGCAACGACAACAACAACCCAUGGCAAUCAUUACCAAUACCUGCAAACAUCCAAGCUGCCAACGCUCUACUUUCAACGCUCUUUGCCCCGGCUGCCAAUUCCACUGCUAGAAAAGACCUGCGAGCGAUUCCUUGCUGCUGUGCAACCCAUUCUCAGUGCCGAGGAGUAUGGACACACGCAACAGGUGGUCGAACAAUUUCGCCAGGGCAUUGGCAUGGAAUUGCAUGCGAAGCUGAAGCAACGCGAUGAGGCCAACAAACACACCAGCUACAUAUCGCAGCCCUGGUUCGACAUGUAUCUGGCGGACCGCGUUCCACUGCCGCUCAACUACAAUCCACUAGUAACGCUCAAGAACGAAACGCGUCCCGAGUAUCAGCAACAAGUGGUGAGAGCCACAAAUAUGAUCAUCAGCUCGUUGCGCUUCUGGCGUUCACUGCAAGCCAACAAACUGGAGCCGGAGGUUUAUCACAUGAAUCCCAAGAAGUCGGAUACGGACAACUAUCGUCGCUGGAUGAGUGUAGCACCCAAAGCCUUUGCCACCUACGCUUCAUAUGCAUUCAAAGCAUUUCCACUGGACAUGAGUCAAUACAGUCGCCUCUUUGGCACAUCGCGAAUUCCGCGCAUAGGCAAAGAUGAGCUGGUCUUGUCACCAGACUCGAAGCACAUUCUGGUCAUGCGACGCGGCAACAUGUACACGAUGAAUGUGCUCGACAGCAGCGGCUACAUUGAGAGUCCCAGUGUCAUUCUGGGUCGCCUGAAGAGUCUCAUUUCCUUGGAUGACCAAAAGGCGCCAGCCAGCGUGCCAUUGGGUGUCCUCACAUCCGAGCAGCGUGAUGAAUGGGCCAAUUCGCGGGCGCAUUUCGUUAGCAGCUCCAAGAAUGCGGAGCUGCUGCAGCGCCAAGUGGAUAGCGCAUUGUUCUGUUUGUGCUUGGACGGGGAGGAGGAUGGCGUAUACAACGAGGAGAAUCCGUCGCCACUGCUGAAGGAACUGCUGGCAGGCAAGGCCACAAAUCGUUGGUUCGACAAGGCAAUCUCUCUGAUAGUCAGCGCCGAUGGCACCACUUCCAUCAACUUUGAGCACUCAUGGGGCGAUGGAGUCGCUGUGCUGCGAUACCUCAACGAGAUUUACAGAGACACCACCAAGCAGCCCUAUGUGUCCACCUCAACGCCACACACGCCUGCCGAUGGGGAUACGAACAAUGUGCGCUUCCUCGAUUUCGAGUUCGAUGACAAGACGCGUGCGGCUGUGGACACAGCUUAUGCGAGGAAUGCCAGCAUUAUGGCUAAUCUGGAUAUGAACGUGUUGCGUUAUCCCAAACUGAACAAGGGCACUUGCAAGCGACAUGGCCUAAGUCCCGAUUCGAUUAUGCAGCUCUCCUUUCAGCUGGCCUAUCGUCAGGCAUUCCAACGCUAUGUGGGCACCUACGAGUCCUGCAGCACAUCGGCCUUUAAGCAUGGCCGCACCGAAACGAUGCGUCCCUGCACCAUGGCCACUAAAGCCUUUUGUGAGGCCGUGUUGCAGCCCAGCCAAAAGCAACCGAGUGCCGGAGAGCUGCGUGCCAUGAUUGACAAGUGCAGCAGCGUGCAUGGACAGCUGACAAAGGAUGCGGCUAUGGGACAGGGAUUUGAUCGGCAUUUGUUUGCGUUGAAGCACACGGCACAGCUGGAGGGAUUGCCGUUGCCGUCGCUCUAUGAGACUGAAGCCUACAAACGCAUCAAUUACAAUAUUAUAAGCACUUCAACGCUGGGCGCUGACACCGUGAUAGCUGGCUCCUUUGGGCCUGUGGUCAAGGAUGGAUUGGGACUCGGCUACUCCAUCAUGAAUGACAUGGCGGGCGCCAUUGUGACCACCUACAAGGAUCAGGCGAGGGGCAAAGAGUUUAUCGACAGCCUGGAAGCCGCUUUUGAUACCAUUUGUUCGGUCAUCGAGCGCAGCAGCAGCGCCAAAGCAGCGAGCGCAGUGCGAAACUAAAAUCCGAUACAAAUUGAGAUUGAGACAUCGAGUUAAAUUUAGCAACGGCUGUAAAGUGUGAUGAUAUUUUAGUAGUGUUGUAACCCGAAGCCGAACCCAUAUUCCAAGUUCAAGAUUAGAUUGCCGUUGCAAAAUGAUUAUUAGCAUAUAAAGUACUCUAUCAUCAUCGUUGUUAAAAUGGAUUUGCUAUAAAUAAACUGGUGACUGAUGCCCGGGUCUGUGGGUCAGAUGGCUCAGCCGCUUUAAUUAGA